AUGUCAGCGUAUAUGUCCUACAACAUAACAAAGGAGCUGAUGGACUUCUACAGAUACCCAGUCAUCACCAACACAAAAGUCGACGUGCUUGAGGAAGUGCCCUUCCCUGCCGUCACCUUCUGCAAUCAGAGUCCGUAUAACAUGAGCAAAGUAAGAGCAGCAGAUCCUUAUCUUGAGGAAUUCUUCAAGAAUGUCAGCGUGUUGGGUGGUUUCAGAGGACCCGUAAACUGGAACGACCCUGUACUUAAUCGGCCUACCUUUCGAGAGAGUAAGUCACUUGACUGGUGGAAACAGAUACACAUUGACCCAAACGAGAUGCUAAGUAUUUGUAUGAUGAAUGGUGUUUCGUAUGAACCAUGCCGGUCGGUGAUGAAGCCUGUGUUAACCACCUUGGGCUAUUGUGCCACUUUCAACUGGAAUGCUUCUGAUGUAACUACAGUGCGAGUAGCUGGUUCAGAUAACAAUCUUCACAUUUUUGUGAAAGUCGAUCAGAUCAACUAUGUGCUUGGUUCUCAACUUUCAUCCGGAAUAAAGUACCAGUACUUACCCCCGCCCUAUCAGGCUUUCAAGAAUCGAACAUGCGUGGAUACAUUGGAUCCGUCAUUUAACAACACCCUGGAAAAGAACUUUCUCGAGAUAAGACUUUUCUAUGAGGACCUGAUCGUCCAGUCGACAGAGCAAAGUCCGAAGUAUACAACGGAAACUCUCAUUGGAAACUUGGGAGGCCAAAUGGGCAUCUGUCUCGGAGCUAGUAUCUUGACUGUCACAGAACUCGGAGAGUUCCUACUCAUUGUCUGUCUGUCCAUCUUCAGAAGAUGUAAGCGCGGCGGCAAAGUCAAACAAAUCAAACCUUUGAAGUACUGA